UUCAAUGCAGCCUGUUCUCUCAGCUCGCCAAUCAUUCCAGCGAAAUCCCCCUCUAUCCUCUCCCCCCUCUUCUCUACAUGUGCGCCGGACUCACAGCUCUCUUCUGAGCGGACACUGCAGGGGAAGAAAACGGACGAAUUCAACAUGGAAUAUGAAUACUAACUGGGGGAAAUAAAAAUCGAGGGAAAACAACCUUUCUCAUCCACGUUUGUAUCUCUUGCGCACCAUUCCCCCUUCCUAAAUGUCUCUCAACAGUUUCUAAAGGGAUUCGAGGAAAGGAACAAAAAAUGAGGAUUAUUCUUUUUUCUUGGCACUUUCUUGGGGUGUAUUCCGCCCUUUAUUGGGGGCUGGCGACAGGGGCUUUCCCCAGCUCAGUGCAGAUAGGUGGACUGUUCAUUAGGAAUACAGAUCAGGAGUACACAGCAUUCCGACUAGCUAUCUUCCUUCACAACACCAGCCCUAACGCUACGGAAGCUCCAUUUAACCUGGUCCCACACGUUGACAAUAUUGAGACCGCCAAUAGCUUUGCAGUGACCAAUGCAUUCUGUUCACAGUAUUCGAGGGGGGUCUUUGCCAUCUUCGGCCUUUACGACAAGCGGUCGGUGAACACGCUGACGUCGUUUUGCGGGGCCCUGCACAUCAGCCUGGUGACGCCCAGCUUCCCCACCGAGGGCGAGGGACAGUUCACGCUGCAGCUCCGGCCGUCCAUCAGAGGAGCUCUGCUGUCCCUGCUGGACCACUAUGACUGGAACAGAUUUGUCUUCCUAUAUGACACAGACAGAGGUUAUGCAAUACUGCAGGCAAUUAUGGAGAGAGCGGGGCAGAAUGCGUGGCAGGUGAGCGCAAUCUGUGUGGAGAGUUUCAACGAUGCAGCAUACCGCAGGCUCUUAGAAGACCUGGACCGACGACAGGAGAGGAAAUAUGUGAUCGACCUUGAGCCUGAGAGGUUACAGAGCAUCCUCGAACAGGCUGUCAGUGUGGGGAAACAUGUUAAAGGAUACCAUUACAUCAUAGCAAACCUGGGAUUUAAGGACAUCUCCCUGGAAAGAUUCAUGCAUGGUGGCGCCAAUGUGACAGGCUUCCAGCUGGUGGACUUCAGCAAAGCUAUCGUCAUAAAGCUCAUGCAACGGUGGAACAAACUAGACCAGCGAGAAUAUCCUGGAUCUGAAAGCCCACCUAAGUAUACUUCCUCUCUAACAUAUGAUGGUGUUCUUGUAAUGGCUGAGGCCUUUCGCACCCUUCGGCGUCAGAAAAUCGACAUCAGUCGGCGUGGCAAUGCUGGGGACUGCCUUGCUAAUCCAGCGGCUCCCUGGAACCAAGGGAUAGAUAUGGAGCGAGCACUGAAACAGGUGCGUAUUCAAGGCCUUACUGGAAAUAUUCAGUUUGAUCACUAUGGUCGGAGGGUCAAUUAUACCAUGGAUGUGUUUGAACUAAAGAGCAAUGGACCACGAAAGAUUGGCUACUGGAAUGACAUCGACAAACUUGUGCUGGUACAGGAUGGAAAUGGUCUUUCUAAUGACAGCUCAGGGAUGGAGAACCGGACGGUUGUUGUGACAACAAUCAUGGAGGGCCCGUAUGUGAUGCUGAAGAAGAACUGGGAGCUUUACGAAGGCAAUGACCAAUAUGAGGGAUACUGUGUGGACUUGGCUUCAGAGAUUGCCAAACACAUCGGCAUCAAGUACAAGAUCUCUAUUGUUCCCGAUGGAAAAUAUGGAGCCAGAGACCCGGAGACCAAAAUAUGGAAUGGCAUGGUUGGAGAGCUUGUGUAUGGGAAAGCAGAAAUUGCUGUGGCCCCGCUGACCAUAACAUUGGUGCGAGAAGAAGUGAUUGAUUUCUCGAAACCCUUCAUGUCUCUCGGAAUCUCCAUCAUGAUCAAAAAGCCUCAGAAAUCUAAACCAGGCGUCUUCUCCUUCCUGGACCCACUGGCCUACGAGAUCUGGAUGUGCAUUGUGUUUGCUUAUAUUGGAGUCAGCGUUGUCCUGUUUUUGGUAAGUCGAUUCAGUCCGUACGAGUGGCAUGCAGAGGAACCGGAUGAGGGCGCCGCAGAGCAAGGCCCCACUGACCAGCCUCCCAAUGAGUUUGGCAUCUUCAACUCUCUGUGGUUUUCUUUGGGAGCCUUCAUGCAACAGGGCUGUGACAUCUCACCAAGGUCUCUAUCUGGACGUAUUGUCGGAGGUGUGUGGUGGUUCUUCACUCUGAUCAUCAUCUCGUCUUACACAGCCAACCUGGCUGCUUUUCUUACUGUGGAGCGGAUGGUCUCACCUAUAGAAAGUGCAGAAGACUUGGCCAAACAGACAGAAAUAGCCUAUGGGACACUGGACUCAGGCUCCACAAAGGAGUUCUUCAGGAGGUCCAAGAUAGCCGUUUACGAGAAGAUGUGGUCUUACAUGAAGUCCGCUGAGCCGUCUGUCUUCACCAAAACCACGGCGGAGGGCGUGGCAAGAGUGCGCAAGUCCAAGGGGAAGUACGCCUUCCUCUUGGAGUCCACCAUGAAUGAAUACACGGAGCAGCGAAAGCCUUGUGACACUAUGAAAGUGGGAGGAAAUCUGGACUCCAAAGGAUAUGGCAUUGCCACACCGAAAGGCUCACAGUUAAGAAACGCGGUCAACCUGGCCGUACUAAAACUCAACGAGCAGGGCCUGUUGGACAAAUUGAAAAACAAGUGGUGGUAUGACAAAGGAGAAUGUGGCAGCGGGGGAGGGGAUUCCAAGGACAAGUCGUCCCAGGCUCUAAGCCUGUCCAACGUGGCUGGAGUCUUCUAUAUCCUCGUGGGCGGCCUAGGCCUGGCCAUGCUGGUGGCCCUGGUCGAGUUCUGCUACAAGUCACGGGCCGAAGCCAAGCGCAUGAAGCUCUCUUUCUCUGAAGCCAUGCGGAAUAAGGCCCGACUGUCCAUCACGGGAAGCGUGGGGGAGAACGGCCGCGUCCUGACUCCAGACUGCCCCAAAGCCGUGCAUGCUGGUCACGCCUCCCUCCGACACCCCGGCCUUGCAGUGGUCUCCUCCGGACUGCCCUGAAAACCAAAAACACCUGCCGUGCCUUAACCACACACAAACAAGAAGACUGAGAACAAAACGCCGAUACAUGCUUGCAGCACAUAUCAUAUACAGACACCUCAUUUUAGCAACAUAAAAGUGAAUAAAAAUACUCAGAAACAGAAACAUUUUUCAACACUUGAAUACACAAGAACGAACUCUGCGAAAUCAUUUCACCUUCCUGCUGCCAUUGGCUCGUUAUACAAAAGACAAAUGAACUAAAACUGUGGAGUGAGAGGUGCAGAAAAAGAAAGAUGGACAACCAAGACUUCACACUUACCUACAGCAUUCUGAUUUUUUGUUUUCUUGUUGUUGUUCUUGUUUCAUAUUCUGGGGAGGACAAUGUUGUGAUUUCAAGCCAAUGUGAAACCUAGCACAGAUUUAAAAAACAAAAAAAACAAAAACUGAUCUGAGUAAACAUCCACAAAGCUGAUCAGACUGUGAUGAUGGUAGCGAUAAAGAUGAUGAUCGAAUCUUUUGAAGACACCCAAUUCCACUCCGUUCCUGCUCCUGUCUUAUUGGACAAUGAAGACCCAUAAGCCACGCCCCCCUGACAAAAGCCUUAGUAUUCCCUGGAAAACAGUAUUUUCAUGGUCAUCAUCAUGGUCAUCAUCUUUACUUGCCUACAAAGACUGCGUGCCAGAUAUUAUAACCAUUAGGAGACCAGAAAACUGUAAGCUUGAACGGUCAGACUGUGCAAACCUUCUCUUUUGCCACAGACUCUUCAUACUAAAUGAAAAAAGCCUUUUUUAUCAAACAAACAGAAUGAUUUAUUGAUCUUAGUCAGCUGGGUAAUCAACCAUUGAAGUAAAAUAACCUAGAAAUGUGUGUCUGGUCUUUACUACAGGAUGCACAGGGGUUUGUACAAGAAAAAUAUAUUAAUUAGUAGUCUUUUCAUCAGGAGUAACAUUAUAUUACCAGAACCACUGAAAAACAAGAUAAUCAUUACUUUUUUUGUUAGGCAGCGAUGCUAAGGUUAGAGCUUAAGACAUGAAAACAAACAACACAUGUGCAGAUCUCAAAUGGCUCGAAAUGCUUCUCAACCUAACCACUGGGACAUCAGAGAACUUUACAAAACAAAUGAUGAAGGCUGGGUGGGGUGUUGGUGCAAAAAAAAGAACGAUUUAGAACCCAAAUCCUAUUGAGUAGUUGAUCUGCAGGGGCUUCCAAAGAUAUUCAUUCUCUUUGAACUUUUCUAUAUUUUGUCAUGGUACAAUCUCAAACUUUGAUGUAAUUUAUUAGACCUUAAAGUUAUAGGUAAUAAACUUACACAAACUAAUGUAAAAUUAUGAAGUGGGUAGAAAAUGUGUUUAUAUAUUAACAUAUCAAUCUGAAAAGUGUGGCAUGCAUAUGUAUUCAGCCUCCCCCUGAUGCUUCAUUAGUUGACCAAUCAUUUAAUGGAAUUUAGUCUGCAGCAGCUUUGCUAAUCUGAAGACCAUUCUCCUUUGCAAAAUAGUUCAAUCUCAGCCAGUCUGGAUUCAUUCCACAGAUUCAUAAGUGAAUCUAGGUCUGAAUUUUGUCUGGACCAUUCAUACACAUAACUAUGCUUUUAACUAAACCACCUCAGUGUAGCUCUGGUUAAGUGUUUUGGGUCCAUGUCCUGUAGAAAGGAAAAUCCCUGCUCCAGCCUUAAGCCUUAUUUAUUUAACUGGGAUUGGUCUGUAUUUAGCUUUCUUUGUCUUCCCAACAACUCUGACCAGCUAUAAUUUUAUUAUAAUAUCCUUACAUGAUCUUGCCACCCUUAUCAUUGACAGGGAAUGAUCACUGCACAUUAUACUAUUAUGUAAGUGUGUGCAGUGUUUCUCACAUGCAGUGUUCUGUGUUUAGGCUAAAAAGUCUAGUUUUGUUCUUACUAGAGCAUGUUUUUCAAAAUGUUUGCUGUGCUACCUACAUGGCUGGUGGCAAACAUUAAAUUGGACUGAUUGCUUUCUGUCAACAAUAUACUUUUCGCUCCCACUCCCACAAGAAUUAUGGAGGGUAUGCCUAAUAUUUGCCCUGUGUGAACAGUCUCCCACCUGAGCCGUCAAUUCCUGCAGCUCCUCCAGAGUUAACGUGACCUUUUUGGCUGCUUCCCUGAUCUUUUCUCUCCUUAACACCUAUUCAUGUUACUUAAUGGUAAUUGCUUGUGUUGAAUUAUACUUAGGGAUAGCAAACUGAAGAGGCUUAAUACAAAUGCACCCCAUACUUAGCAGUGUUUUAUUUAUUAAAAGAAAUAAAAGUAAUUAUUUUACUUCAACUUCCCAUUUAUGUGCUACUUUGCAUGGGUCUAUCACAUAAAAGAGCAAUAAAAUGCAUUUAAGUUUUGGGUAUAAAAUGACAAAAUGUGAAAAAGUUCAAGAGGAGAUUUUUUUUAAAGGCAGUAUACUUACAACUAAAUAGGCAAAUGGAAAUAUUUUUUUUCUGCAGGUCUGCCCUCGACACUGACCGCCAAUUGUUUCUGCUGGUUAUAAUCAGGUUGGUCUAUGCUGAGUGCACUUAAUUAAAUUUUAAAGCUUACAGAUACAUUUCACAAUUUAGCUAAAGCUCUAAUGAGCACUUGGUUUGUCAUUCUACGCCCUCUGAUUUUUCAGUGGCUGGGGCAGAGAUACCAGAAAGCUUGCUUUUUAAAACAGUUGUAAAUAACUGCGUAGCAAAACUGAGCUCACCUGUCUUUUUUAAACCAUCUUAGAUAACAAAUCAUUGCAAUAAUGAAUAUAAAAAGAAAUUGUAAUUAAGUAAAACUCUUUUUUUAAUAAAUCUACUUACUUAUAUAUAUAUGAUGCAAAUAUAUAUCUAUACGACUAUAGAGAGCUAUAGAAAACAUUGAUCACUGAUUGUCAGAGGCCAUGGCAUACAUUUGGUUAUAUGGCUGUUUUUUUUUUUUUUUUUUUUUUUUUUUGAUAACUUGAGUUUGAUGCCAUAGUCCUCGUGUGUCCUGAUCCACAUUGAAUGUCCGACAUCCGACACUCACACGGACACACAUGAAAAUGUGCACAUUAUACAUUGUCGCAUUCACAGGGUCAGCUUAAAGUGAUCAGUCAGAAUGAAAUGUCAUUAUUAUUAGGUUUUUUUCUUUCAGUUUUUUUUUAAUCCCUCAUUUAAAGACUUUCUGUUCAUGUGCAGAAAUGACAUCAAUCAUGAGAAUUUGUGUGACAUCUGGGUUUGCAGAGACCUUGAGGUUGGACUUCUAGGAGGACAAUAUCAUGGGGUGUUUGAAGAGUGUAACAUAUUUGGGGCAUUUCAAAUCAGCUUUGGUCCAUUUUGUUGUGUCUCUUCUCACCAGGUGUGAGUCCGCUGCAAAUUGAAACUCAACGUUAUUUCAAAUUAAACAGGGUUUUUUACAUCAA